AUGGCGGACCGCCUAUUGCCCGACCUACGACCGCCGGUCCAGCUACUGUCCGGCCUACGACUGCCGGCACCGCGACUACCCGACCUGCGACCGGACUCCGCUACUUCCACUGGAACCACGGGACACCCCGAGCCAUCGGAAAUUCCGCGAACCAAUCCCCUCCAGGAGCAGUGCAGCGGGUAUAUAAGGCCGUGCAACCGCGUGCGGAUUAACAGUCGCUAUGAAUCGACACGAAGUGGAAGAACUCUUCGGAGUCAUGAGCUCGAGCUCGGAGUCCGAAACAAGCGGGCCUACUACCGCGCCGACCACGACGCCGCCAACGCCUGCCAAGCCGCCUCCAGCGGCUCCGAGCCCGGGACGAUCCCGACGACCACCGCGGCCCGGGACAUCCGUCCAGCGAUCCGACCAGGCAAACCGACGGAAGGUGAUCAUCCUGACGACGCCGCCGGAAGAAUCGCCGCCCUGGCCGACCCCCGGUCAGCUAACAGCCGUCCACCGGCCGAUAGGACCAGCCAGGCCUCGACAGCCAGGCCACCGACCACCGGACCGCACCCCUCCACCGGAGCUCCUACCGCUCGGCCUGCGAACACCGGUCCGCCGACUACCCGGCCCAUGACCGCCGACCCCGCGACUGCCCGACCUACGACCAUCCGGCCGCCUACCGCUCGGCCUGCAAACCUCGGGCCACGUACCACCCGGCCUGCGACCGUCGGACCACCUAUCGCCCGGCCUGCAACCACCGGGCCAUCCACGCCCGUCAGACCAUCCGCCACCCGACCGCAGACCGCCAGGCCACCCAUCGCCGGGACCAUUCCCGUCCGCUUGGGCGACGGCACCGUGGUCGAGGUCCCCGCCGGGUCGGCUAUCAUCGGGCGGAGAUAUAAGGUCCGCACCGCGUCGGGCCGAUGGGUGAUCAGGUUCCACCCAGACGGCCGCCCCCGAGCGGCCCGGCGCCUCGACGGACCCCCCUGA